AUGGCGAACCCACCCGCGAACGCCGACGACCCUUUCCUCGAAGUCCAGUCCGACGUCCUGUCCACACUCAGCCAGACCCGCACGCUCUUCUCCUCCUACCUCCGCAUCCGCACCCUUGCCGCCUCGCGCCCCAGUCAAAAAUCCGAGGAACUCUCCUCAGCGCGCACAGAGCUUGAAUCCAACCUCACAACCCUGUCCACCGAUCUCACAGACCUGCUAGAAUCAAUUUCGGCCGUCGAGUCCGACCCCUACAAGUUCGGCCUCGAUGUCGCGGAGGUGCAGCGACGGCGCGGCUUCGUGCGCGAGGUCGGCGACGAAGUGGAGGGCAUGAGACGGGAGCUCGAGGGCGCCGCAGCGCACGCAGGCGGCGGCGACAACAUUGCGGCCACGAGUGGCGCGGGGCAAGCGCAGGGAAGGGGCAAAGGGACUCUCCCUUCACCUGCGGACUUUGAUGAUGAGGACGGCGACGGCGACAAUUACGCCGAGUUCGAGGAGCGGCAGCAGCAGACGAUGAUGGCGGAGCAGGACGAGCAGCUGAAUGGCGUGUUUCGCAGCGUGGGAGUGCUGAGGAACCAGGCGCAGGAUAUGGGGAGGGAGCUGGAGGAGCAGGGGGGCAUGCUUGAUGAGGUGGACACGUUGGCGGAUCGCGUGGGCGGCAAGCUACAGACGGGCGUCAAGAAGGUGGGCGAGGUCAUACGGAAGAACGAGGACAGUGUCAGCAGCUGCUGCAUUGCGCUGCUCAUUGUGGUGCUGUGCAUUCUGCUCAUUUUGGCCAUCGUCAUAUGA